AUCAUAUAUCUUAUAAUCUUAAUCAUCAAAAGUAAAUAAUUAAAUUACAUGACAGAUGUUGCGGCUUUAAUUAUUGACUAGCAAAACAAGUACUCCGAUGCUAUGAUUAUGAAUCAACCUUAAUUCUAAAUUUUAUUUAUGUGAUAUUGUGUGUCACUCGAUAUUUCAAUUCAUUGAGUAUGAUAUAAGUAAGUAUAUAUAUCAUUUAAUGAAUUGAAUCACCAGACAUCGUAACAUUUGCUGUAAUUUCAGCUAAUGUCUGAUGAAAUUAUUUUUUUUUUUGGUUUUAUAAUUUUUCUUUUGCCAUAUAUUUAAUGACUGGGGAGAUUUUAGUCCCUAUUAUAUAGUACUUAUAUAGUACAAAACAUAGCAUAGUAUCUUAUGACUUAUAAGUUGGCUAUUGGGACAAAAGCAAAAAAGAGUAUUCUACUCAUUUGCUUAUUGAUACGCAAUAUAUGAUCUUAUGUGGGCCAAUAAACUAUUUGAGUUUGGUUUAAUGUAUUGAGUCUACCAAAUGAUACUUGGGCCAAUAAACUAUUUAAGUUUGGUUUAAUGUAUUGGAUCUACAAAAACAAUCAACCAAUUAGAUUCACAUAACUUUGAAGUAUCUUCUCUCCAAUCACAAAUUGUAUAUAUAAUAUGAAACGGUUAUGUUAAUAUAAGAAUAAAAUAUUUUUUGUACAAUGAAUAUUCUACAACCUGAGUUGAUUUGGAUAGAUGGUCGGUGUUACAGACUAUUCGGAAAUAUCGAACGGCCAAGUGCUCAAAAUAUUUCUCCUUAUUUUGAAGACAAUUAUCAAGGAGAUUAUAAAGAUUCUGAAGAUGAAUGUGAUAUAGAAAUUGUACCAUACGAGUCGACAAGAUUUAAGCACACAUUUCAUGUGUCAAAAUCAUUUUUUCCAUUUAUUAUUGGAUCUAAACAUGCAGUACGUAAAAAAUUAGAAAAUGAAACUAGAACAUCGAUACAAAUUCCAAGAUUAGGUGAAGAUGGAGAUAUUGUAAUAAUUGGUACUGAUCGUAAAGGAAUAAUGACAGCACGUCGUAGAAUAAAUUUAUUAAUGGAAGCAAGUAGAAAAAAAAUACCAUCUACACAUUUUUUAUCAAUACCUUUAAAUGAAGGUCAUAUAAUAAUGAAUUUUAAUAUGUUUAAAAAUGAAGUACUGAAAAAUUCUGGAAAAAAAUCUAAUGGUAUUGAUGAAAUGAUUUUUCAAAUACCAAGCAAAUUGCAUCUUACUAUUGCAUUAUUAACAUUACUUGAUGAUACAGAAAAAAAUCAAGCUAUAGAAGCUUUGAAUCAUUGUCAUCAGCAUAUUGUAAAGCCUAUAAUUGAAAAAUAUGGACAAAUUCCUAUAUAUUUACAAGGAACUGAUAUAAUGAAUGAUGAUCCUAGUGAAACUAGAGUUUUAUAUGCAAAAUUAAUUGACAAUGAGGCUUUGGAAAAAAUGGUAGAUGAAAUUGUAGAUUAUUAUAAUAGGAUAGGUUUAUUAUAUAAAGAAACAGAGAAAGUUAAAUUACAUUUGACUCUUAUGAAUACAAAAUUUAAAUUAAAUGAAGAAGAAAAUCAUUAUGAAAAAUAUAAAACUUUUGAUGCAACAGAAAUAAUGAAAGCUCAUAAAAAUACAAUUUUUGGAGAAACUAUAUUGAAACAAAUUCAUUUAUCUCAACGUCAUACAAUUAGUAGUAAUGGAUAUUAUCAAGCAAUUGCAAAAAUUAAUUUACUUGAAGGCUUAUAAAUGACAUGUAUCAUUAUUUGAAUAUAUACAUGAUAUUAUAUAUAUGAUAUAUAUUCAUGGAACACAUAAGAUUGAUUUUAAAGAUCAAAAAAAUAUAAAUAUUGAUAUAAAAAAAUUUUUGAGGGUUAUUUAUAUAAAAUUUAAC